GGUCUGCGGCCAUGGUAACAUCGAUGUGUAACGGACUGCCACAGAGAAGUACAGAAAUAAGUGUUUCUUUCUGAGCAACAUGAAUUUGACGGAGAUUUGCGACAAUGCUAAGAAAGGGCGAGAAUAUGCCCUGCUUGGCAACUACGACUCCUCCAUGGUGUACUAUCAGGGCGUGAUGCAACAAAUCCACAAGCACUGUCAGUCAGUCAGGGAUCCCGCAUUGAAGGUCAAAUGGCAACAGGUGAGGCAGGAACUGGUGGAGGAGUACGAGCAAGUGAAGGGCAUUGUCAGCACUCUAGAAAGCUUCAAGGUGGACAAGCCUGUGGAUUUCCCCACCUCACAGGCAGAGGAGUGUCCACGUGACCCCACAGUGUGGCCACCCCCAACCCCUGCUGAACACAGAGCUCCCACCCAGGUGAAACGGCCCAAUACUGGGGUAAAGCCACAACGGAAGGACUCCCCAGGGAUGCAGCACCGCGGACCUAUGGGCCGGGCACAGCCCAACUCAAAGGCAGACAAGCCUGGGCCCAGGGAUGGCAAGGGAACCAAAGCCAGAGAGGAUAAGGGGAAGAAAAAUGCCCAUGAGGGUGUGGGUGAAGGUGAGCUGAAGAGGUUUGACAGCACAGGGUAUGACAACGACUUGGUGGAAGCCCUCGAAAGAGACAUUGUUUCCAGGAAUCCCAAUAUUCAUUGGGAUGACAUUGCUGACCUGGAGGACGCCAAAAAGCUGCUGAGAGAGGCGGUGGUGCUGCCCAUGUGGAUGCCAGACUUCUUCAAGGGCAUCCGCCGACCUUGGAAGGGAGUCCUGAUGGUGGGGCCGCCAGGUACUGGGAAGACCAUGCUGGCAAAGGCGGUGGCUACCGAGUGCGGGACUACCUUCUUCAAUGUGUCAUCCUCUACACUCACUUCCAAAUACAGAGGUGAAUCGGAGAAGCUUGUUCGCCUUUUGUUUGAAAUGGCCAGAUUUUAUGCCCCAACUACGAUCUUCAUUGACGAGAUCGACUCCAUCUGCAGUCGACGGGGAACAUCAGACGAGCACGAGGCCAGUCGCAGAGUGAAAUCUGAGCUGCUGGUGCAGAUGGAUGGUGUUGGGGGUGCGCUUGAAAAUGAUGACCCCUCCAAAAUGGUCAUGGUGUUGGCUGCCACUAACUUCCCCUGGGACAUCGACGAGGCACUGAGGCGAAGGCUGGAGAAGAGGAUCUACAUCCCACUGCCCACCGCCAAGGGCCGAGCUGAGCUGCUGAGGAUCAACCUCCGGGAGGUGGAGGUGGCUCCUGACGUGGACCUCGCUCUCAUUGCUGAGAAGAUCCAGGGCUACUCCGGAGCAGACAUCACCAACGUAUGCAGGGACGCCUCUAUGAUGGCCAUGCGUCGGCGGAUCCAGGGCCUCAGUCCAGAGGAGAUCCGGGCCCUGUCCAAGGAGGAGCUGCAGAUGCCUGUCACCAUGGAGGACUUCGAGCUUGCCCUCAAGAAGAUCUCCAAGUCCGUCUCGGCGGCUGACCUGGAGAAGUACCAGUCUUGGAUGGCAGAGUUUGGAUCUGUGUAGCAGGGCUCGGUGG